CGCCCGCCAGCGGCCCCCCGCCCCGCCCGGGUCUCCUGGCGUCGGGGGCAAAAGGGAGCGCCGGGGCCAGCAGGCUGGGGGCGGGGAAGGCGCGGGGACAAAGGCCGCGGGCACCGCGCUGGGCCGGCCGGUGCGGCGGCGAACUCCGGGCGUCGGGACCUGGCCGGGCAAUCGCGUCCCAAGGAGCCCGCGCCUGGAUGGAGCACCCCGGGGCGCCGCCGGGCCCCGAGCUGGCUGAGCCGCCGCCCCCGCCCCCGCCUCCGCCCGCGCCCCCGCCCCCUCACCCCCACCCCCACCCCGCGGAGGCUCCGCGCUCGGCGAACAUGGCGGCGGCGGCGGUCGGGCGGGACACUUUACCUGAGCGCUGGUCCUACGGCGUGUGCCGGGACGGCCGCGUCUUCUUCAUCAACGACCAGCUCCGCCGCACGACCUGGCUGCACCCGCGCACCGGGGAGCCCGUCAACUCCGGCCACAUGAUUCGCUCAGACCUGCCCCGCGGCUGGGAGGAGGGCUUCACCGAGGAGGGCGCCAGCUACUUCAUCGACCAUAACCAGCAGACCACGGCAUUCAGGCAUCCUGUGACGGGGCAGUUUUCUCCAGAAAAUAGUGAAUUCAUUCUUCAAGAAGAGCCGAAUCCACGUAUGUCGAAGCAGGACAGAAACCAAAGACCGUCCAGCAUGGUCAGUGAAACAUCCACGGCUGGGACCACCUCCACCCUGGAGGCCAAGCCUGGACCCAAGAUCAUAAAGUCCAGCAAUAAAGUCCACAGCUUCGGGAAGAGAGACCAGGCCAUUCGGAGGAACCCCAACGUUCCUGUGGUGGUGAGGGGCUGGCUGCACAAGCAGGACAGUUCUGGGAUGAGGCUAUGGAAAAGGAGGUGGUUUGUGCUUGCUGAUUACUGCUUAUUUUACUAUAAAGACAGCCGAGAAGAAGCAGUCCUUGGGAGCAUCCCCUUGCCCAGCUACGUGAUCUCGCCUGUGGCCCCUGAGGAUCGCAUAAGCCGCAAAUACUCCUUUAAGGCUGUGCACACGGGGAUGCGAGCACUCAUCUAUAACAGCUCCAUGGCAGGCUCUCAGGCCGAGCAGUCGGGCAUGAGGACCUACUACUUCAGUGCCGACACCCAGGAGGACAUGAAUGCUUGGGUCAGGGCCAUGAACCAGGCUGCACAGGUGCUGUCUCGAUCGUCACUGAAGAGGGACAUGGAGAAGGUGGAGCGGCAAGCUGUCCCCCAGGCCAACCACACAGAGUCCUGUCAUGAGUGUGGCCGGGUGGGACCUGGACAUACGAGAGAUUGUCCUCAUCGUGGCCAUGAUGACUUUGUCAACUUUGAGAGGCAAGAGCAGGAGGAAGAGCGGUACCGUUCCCAGAGGGACCCGCUGGAGGGCAAGCGGGAUCGGAGCAAGGCCAGGUCUCCAUACUCGCCGGCCGAGGAGGAUGCCUUGUUUGUGGAUUUACCCAGUGGCCCAAGAGGCCAGCAGGCACAGCCCCAGCGGGCAGAAAAGAAUGGCAUGCUGCCUGCAUCAUAUGGCCCAGGAGAGCAGAAUGGGACUGGUGGGUACCAGCGGGCCUUUCCUCCCAAGACCAACCCUGAAAAGCACAGCCAAAGGAAGAGCAACCUGGCCCAGGUGGAACACUGGGCAAGGGCCCAGAAGGCGGACAGCAAGAGCCUUCCCUUGGACCAGAUGCUUCCUUGCCAGGGUCCUGGCCAAUCCCUGUCCUUCCCAGAAAGCUACCAGACUCUUCCCAAGAGCACCCGACACCCAUCAGGGGGCUCCUCACCACCUCCCCGAAACCUGCCAAGUGACUACAAGUAUGCGCAGGACCGAGCCAGCCACCUGAAGAUGUCGAGUGAAGAGCGCCGGGCACACCGGGAUGGCACCGUGUGGCAGCUCUAUGAGUGGCAGCAGCGCCAGCAAUUCCGGCAUGGCAGCCCCACGGCACCCAUAUGCCUCGGCUCCCCAGAGUUCACCGACCAGGGCCGGAGCAGGAGCAUGCUAGAGGUGCCCCGCUCCAUCUCUGUGCCUCCAUCUCCCUCGGACAUCCCUCCCCCAGGACCCCCGAGGGUCUUCCCACCCCGGCGGCCACACACGCCAGCAGAGAGGGUCACGGUGAAGCCACCGGACCAGAGGAGGAGUGUGGAUAUCUCACUGGGGGAUUCUCCCAGGAAGGCACGGGGCCACGCUGUCAAGAACUCAUCUCACGUGGACCGACGCUCCAUGCCCUCCAUGGGUUACAUGACCCACACUGUCAGCGCUCCCAGUUUACAUGGAAAAUCGGCUGAUGAUACCUACCUCCAGCUGAAGAAAGACCUGGAGUACCUGGAUCUAAAGAUUAAAAAUAAUGAACCUUUGAUCAACGUGCUUUACAAAGUGCUGAAGAAGUCAGCACGGGGCUGUCGGCCCAGGAGAAGCAUGACAGGCCGGGACCUUCUUAAGGAUCGAAGUCUGAAGCCUGUGAAGAUCGCGGAGAGCGACAUUGAUGUCAAACUGAGCAUCUUCUGCGAACAAGACAGGAUCCUCCAGGACUUGGAAGACAAGAUACGAGCCCUUAAGGAGAACAAAGACCAGCUAGAAUCCGUGCUGGAGGUAUUGCACAGACAGAUGGAGCAGUACCGAGACCAGCCCCAGCACUUGGAGAAGAUUGCCUACCAGCAGAAGUUGCUGCAGGAGGACCUGGUCCAUAUCCGAGCUGAGCUCUCCAGAGAGUCCACUGAGAUGGAAAACGCUUGGAAUGAAUACCUGAAGUUGGAGAAUGAUGUGGAACAGCUGAAGCAGACCCUGCAGGAGCAACACAGAAGAGCCUUUUUUUUCCAGGAGAAAUCGCAGAUACAGAAAGAUCUAUGGAGAAUUGAAGAUGUCAUUGCAGGCCUCAGUGCAAAUAAAGAGAACUUCAGAAUCCUUGUGGAGUCAGUCAAAAAUCCAGAGAGAAAAACGGUGCCUUUGUUUCCUCAUCCGCCUGUGCCUUCACUCUCAACUUCUGAGAGCAAGCCGCCCCCACAGCCCAGUCCUCCCACCAGCCCUGUGCGGACCCCUUUGGAGGUUCGACUCUUCCCCCAGCUGCAAACCUACAUGCCGUACCGACCUCACCCACCCCAGCUGAGGAAAGUGACAUCCCCCCUUCAGUCACCAACUAAGAUGAAGCCCAAAGUUCAGGAAGAUGAAGCACCUCCCAGGCCCCCACUCCCUGAGCUCUACAGCCCAGAGGACCAGCCCCCAGCCGUGCCACCUCUCCCUAGAGAGGCCACCAUCAUCCGGCACACGUCUGUGCGGGGCCUCAAGCGGCAGUCGGAUGAGAGGAAGCGAGACCGGGAGCUGGGGCAGUGUGUGAACGGGGACUCCAGAGUGGAGCUGCGGUCGUACGUCAGUGAGCCUGAGUUGGCGACCCUCAGCGGGGACAUGGCCCAACCCUCCCUGGGACUUGUGGGCCCUGAUAGCGGGUACCAGACGCUGCCAGGCAGAGGGCUCUCAGGGUCCACAUCAAGACUCCAGCAGUCGUCCACCAUUGCUCCCUAUGCCACACUCCGGAGGGGUCUUAAUGUGGAAAGCAGCAAGGCGACCUUCCCUAGACCCAAGAGUGCCUUGGAGCGCCUGUACUCAGGAGACCACCAGCGGGGCAAGAUGAGUGCGGAGGAGCAGCUAGAGCGCAUGAAGCGACACCAGAAGGCCCUGGUCCGAGAGCGCAAGAGGACGCUGGGCCAAGGGGAGAGGACGGGCCUGCCCUCAUCUCGCUACCUCAGCCGGCCGCUCCCGGGAGAUCUUGGCUCAUGGAAGCGUGAGCAGGACUUUGACCUGCAGUUGCUGGAACGGGUCGUGCAAGGGGAAAGAAAGGACAAGGAGGAGAAUGGCUGGUUGAAAGUGCAGGCCAUGCCUGUCACUGAGUUGGACCUGGAGCCUCAAGACUAUGACUUGGACAUCAGCAGAGAGCUGUCCAAACCAGAGAAGGUGUCAAUCCCUGAGCGUUAUGUGGAGCUAGAUCCCGAAGAGCCACCCAGCCUUGAGGAGCUGCAAGCGCGGUACCGCAAAGCCGAGAAGAUCCGCAACAUCCUCGCCCGGUCAAGCAUGUGCAACCUGCAGCCGGCCUCAGGCCAGGACCGGAACAGUGUGGCCGACCUGGACUUGAAGCUGCAGGAGCAGGAGCGCAUCAUCAACAUCUCCUAUGCUCUGGCCUCUGAGGCCUCCCAGCGCAGCAAGCAGGUGGCAGAUGAGAAAACAAAAGCUCAGAGACCUUCAGGGAUUUGCACAAGGAAUUGCAGCUUCCCAGGCAGUGACUGACCCGUGACCCAGUAUACAGAGAAGCCUGGAGCCAGGGGCCCAGUGGAACCAGCUUCCUCCAAGGAGAUCAACCUUUCUGCCCCCAAGAAACUGCCUCCGGCUGGGCAGGGAAUCUGGCUGGAGGAAGGAGCAGCUUACUGACUGUGGGUGUUCACCACAGGCGAGGCCCUAACAUGCACCCACUAGUUUAGCUCAGACUCCUCUCUACAUAUGAAUGGCAAAGGCACUUUUGAUACACACUCUAAAAUAUAUUGUAUUUUAAAAUUGGAAUCUAUUUUCCAAUGUUCACCUCAAGGGCUGAGUGGCAGGGAGGGUGAGGAUGCAGGACUUUGCAGCUGCACCUACAGAUUCAGGUACUUUGGGUGACAGGUGUGGGUGGGGGAAAGGGCGGGGCAAGCAGAGGACAGUUCAACUUCCAAUGACUUCAGGAGAAAGUGGGAUUUGAAGAGGCGUUCCCAGUAGAUUCCAGCGUCAGGCUGGUUGGCGUGCUGUCUAGGAGAAGAGGGGCCCUUGGCUGCAGAGAUCAGCUGUCCCUGACCUGAUGACCAAUUCUAUGUGAAACUCCACCAGGAUGGCACGCGGAGCCCAAGUCAGCGUCUUGGCCCUUGGGUUUGGCUUAGGGGCAACAGUGUGUUCAAAAGCACUGGGGCCCACAACCUGCCCACAGGCUUCCCUCAGCAAAGGGCUCUUUUCAGAAAGAAAAAAGCAGUUUGCUUUCAUUGUUUUUUUGAGAUGAAGUUUUACUGUUGUUGCCCAGGCUGGAAUACAAUGGUACUAUCUCAGCUCACCGAAAUCUCUGCCUCCUGGAUUCAAGUGAUUCUUCUGCCUCAGCCUUCCAAAUAGCUGGGAUUACAGGCAUGUGCCACCAUGCCCAGCUAAUUUUCUACUUUUAGUAGAGACAGGGUUUCUCCAUGUUGGUCAGGCUGGUCUUGAACUCCUGACCUCAGGUGAUCUACCUGCCUCAGCCUCCCAAAGUGCUGGAAUUACAGGUAUGAACCACCGUACCCAGCCUGCUUUCAUUUUUAACAGUACACACUGAAGUACAGAAAAGUUGAGAGGAAACAACUUUCAUUGUAUCAUAGCAAUAAACUCCACACUGGGUGACACCUACCAGAAAUCCUUUCCCUCCAACCAGGCCACGUUGGGGACCUUCCCUGCCUGCCCUUGGAAAACCCUGGUUGGCUUUCCUAGGACUCAGGUCUGGUGGCAGGAGGGCAGCAGUGUGCCCCCACCAUCCCUGAUGGCCUGCUGCCAUAAUGGCAGGACUUGACUUCCAGCCCCACAUGAGGAGGGGGGCUACCAAGCCAGGUACAGUGUUUGUGGCCCUUUAUUUAAGAUGUGUUCUUAUAUUAUUCUGCAAAUAGAAAAUGAUGUUUAAGUGGAAAAACAACAGCAACAACAACAAAAACCUCCAUUGGGUGGAGCCACACUUUAAAUGAAAAUUUCUCUUUGACUAUGCUCAGAAAAAAAAAAAAUAGAAUUUUGAAUAUAUUUAGCAGUUGCCGUCUAUUUUUAACUAACUCCAUAUGCUGCCAGUAUCGACUUCAUGACAUUUGCCAAAUAAAAUUUUAUUUUUGCCUUUAUAAGAUUUUCUUGGAAAAAAAUGAAAUGAAUAUUUUGCAAGAAAAAGUUAAUUUAAAAAUGUAAUGGUUUGCAAAAAAAAUGUGAUGUACAGAUUAAAGUAUUAACCUGA